UGGAAGUUGAAAGCCCGUACUAAACAACUUUUUGCGUUCCCGAAUGGUUUAUGACGAAUAUAAUUUUUUCGUGACUCCAGACCAAUAUUAUCUUUGUGCUUGUGGCUCCAAAUCUGUUAUUAUCAUCGACAGAUUUACACAAGAAGUCAAAGUUGAUAGUGACGAGUCAGUCAUCCCUGCGGUCGCCAAAAAGCACACAAUUUAUGGUAUAUGGGGUGUUAUUCGUUUGGUCUCAGGCUUUUAUUUGUUAGUCAUUACAGAACGGGAGAGUGUUGGUGAAAUUUUUGGACAUUCAGUAUGGAAGAUUACUAAAAGUUCACUGUAUCCCUUCGCAAAGUCUUUACUACACUUGACAGACCUUCAGAACCAAGAUGAAUCUUUUUACUGUCAAAUGCUCAAUGGCAUUCUGUCCACGGAGGGAUUUUACUACUCGACUUCAUAUGACUUAAGUCAUACUCUGCAGCGCCUGUCGGAUACCAGUCCAGAGUUUAAAACACGUAGUAUGUAUGAACGUGCAGAUACACGCUUCACAUGGAACAAAGCUUUGCUGAAUGAAUGGGAAUCUUUACUGAAUUCAGCAACAUCGUUUAAACAUAAGCAAAUGGCUGGCUGGAAUCGCUUCGAUUACUGUAUACCUAUAAUCCAAGGAUACGUUGGAAUACUAGAUUAUCCUGAAAGUCUCUCCAAUAUUGCUAAGGCGAAUCCAGUAUAUUCACUUAUCUCAAGACGUAGUGUCUAUCGUACUGGAACCAGGUUUAAUACACGUGGGAUUGAUGAAGCAGGAAAUUGUGCAAAUACCGUGGAGACAGAACAGUUGCUUGAAAUUUCGGGGCAUAGAUUCUCUUUUGUUCAGCUUCGUGGUUCUGUGCCAAUAUACUGGAGUCAAAAACCCAAUCUAAGAUAUAAACCAGCUGUCCUACUCGGUGGAAGCCAAUUAUUAUCUUCACAUGUCAGUCAGUCAAAUAAUAUGAUUAAUAAUGCAAUCGGCAAGACGGUCAGCGAAGAGAAUUUAGAGGUAAUACAAGCGAAUAUUGCUCGUCAACACUUUCACAGUCUUAUAUAUGAUUAUGGUUAUGGGAGACAGAUAAUAAUAAAUUUACUAAAUCAAAAAGGUUUGGAAUAUCCUUUAGGACAUGCUUAUGCUAUGGCUACUUUACCACUAGAUGAAAAGGAAGUUAAGUAUGAAAGUUUUGACUUCCACCGAGAGUGCGGUUCAACUCGUUGGGAUCGACUUGGUGUUUUGUUGGAACGACUUAUACCAGAAUUACUGAAAUCAAAACAAUUUCAUUUGGAUAUGAAUAAUUCAUCAACAAUCGUUAGUCGUCAAACUGGAACAUUCCGAUCAAAUUGUAUCGAUUGUUUAGAUAGGACGAAUGUAGUCCAGUCUAUGCUUGGUUGGUGUGCAUUAGAACAGGCUGUUAUUGAACUCGGUCUGUUACAAGGUCCAAUAUCUCAAGCAGCUGAUGCAAGUACUACAUCACAUUUGUCACAAUUAUGGCCAGGUUUUGGAUUUCGUUUCAAGUCAAUAUGGGCUGAUAAUGCUGAUUACUGUUCACUUCAGUAUACUGGAACACGUGCCUUAAAAACAGAUUUCACCAGAACAGCUUAAUAAUCCCAGUGAUUUGCCGACCUCAUCAGCGGUGUGUCCGGUUUCACUUGGUUUCAAGCGAGCGAGAUGUCUGUUCCGUAUUUAGAUCACAUCGAUCUGGCUAGCGAGCACUAUUGGUAAACAUAAACGGUAUGCAACUACUUAUCUCAAUCAAUAUAUGGCUUCAUUCAAAUAUGCUUGCUUUCUUGAUUACCGUUUACGGUGGUAUCAAGCAGAUUACAUGUUGUGAUCUGAUUGACUUGGUUUUCAAAGGAAACUACGGUGAAAUUUCACUACUUGAACUGUGUAGAGUGCAAAUCGGGAAUUCGAUGUCACUGUGACUAUUCCUUUACUUAUAGAUCUGUAUUUCUAAACCAAUUACUUUCAGCGAAAAUCGUCCAUACUUAGUUUCAUGCUGGAAUGUGAUAACAGAACUCACUAGGAAGCAAAGACGAGAAUUUGUUCUAUUUAAAAGUCAUGUGUUAUGACUGGAACUACUACCUAGUCGACUAUGAGUGAAUACUAACUUAAUGCGCUGGCUGGUCUGUCCUAAUCGCACGUCAACAAAAAUAAUAAUACCACCGGCACGCGAAGAUAGAAGAAAAGACUGAACGUUUAUACAAGAGUUUUUAGUGUCUGGAAACUACGGUCAAAAGAAAUUGAUAGCACUUGAGUAUAUAUAUGUUAAAGAUGACCAAGAGAGGCACUAAUAUCAUUGAUGAAUCAAACAGUGAACAAUCAAUAGAAUUUCAAAAGUCAAGUAGGGGGAGAAAAAAUUUGGUCAUUAAUCAAUAAGUGAGUUGACAGAAAUAAAACAGACACUUGUAAUUAUUUAUGACGAAAGAAAGUUCACUUUUAACAGUGAAAAAAUUGGGGCAUUGGGUAUAUGAUAUUCAUGAUAAUAAACGUUUUCUUGCAUUUUCCGAUGAAUGAAAAACAAAACGAUAUCGUUUUUACUGACGUUUCGCUACUUAAUGCUGCUAAUAGCUUUAUCGAAGUACUAUUAAACCAGAGCUUACAAAAUCUCAGCUUAGAUAUGUAACAAACAAAUACAAAAAAUCCUUUAUUUUAAUAGAUAUGUAAAAUGACUUACGUAAAUACUUAAUCGAUGUUCAUCUUUUCCCCCUUUCAAAAUUUAAUAUAAUAGGUUUCCAAAUGUAACCAAUUGGUUUUAGUGUAUGAUAUUCACUUCAAAAGGAAUUAGCAUCUCAUAUCAGUAUUACUUUAUUUUGGUUAGGCUUUUGUGUUUGUCACGUUUCACUCAUUCUAGUGGAGUUUGCAACCCACUGACCCAAACGUUUGACUUUCAACCAAUAGGUCUUGGGUUCGAGUCCCACUCCAUAUACUUAAAACUGGUGUACAACCGGGUAGAACCAUCAGUCGGCAUACAAGAAGUAUGCCUCUUAGCCUGGUACUUCGAAAUUAUGCACCUAGUGAAUCAGUCCAAACAGCACUAUUUCCAAUAUUUUUGGCAUUCUUGCGAAGCAAAUAAUAUGUCUAUGUGGUGUAUUAUCAUUAUUAUUUUUAUUUUGAACGAGUAGGUAAAAGGACAUUCUAUGGUAU